UCACUCACUCCCUCUCCACCCAGAGUGCAGGACAGAGGUGUGAACUUGAGCCAGACCAGAAGGAGCUCGAGAGCGGGUGCAGGACAAGCCCGAGGAGCGGCGGGAGCUCCAGGGGAAAAUCAUGCACAAAGCCUUCUUCAGAGGAAAGGGAAGCUCUAAACCUGACCGAGACAAACAGAAGCUCUUGAAAUAAAAAGAAAAUAUCGCAGGACAAACAGCCUCCCGUCCACGGGUGCAGGUCGCGGGCACAGUGGUGACCUGGGAUCGCUUUCCCAGUACUGUGAGUCGGACUCUGGUUUCUCCUCCCUGCAUUCCACAGCUGCUCUGGUCAUUGCAACGUGUUUAUUGAUCACUGAAGAAUCUCAAGUUUUGGGACAAGGAAGAAACACCCUUAGGUCUCCAAGACAGCUGCGUUUCACAAACUUUAAGAAAACAGAACUUUUUCUCCCCCUGGAACCUGUGAAAAUGUCACUUUUCCAAGGAAGUGAAGGUUAAGAGGUCCCGUUCUCACAGACCCUCAGGAAUUUCACUUGGCUCCGAGCUUUGACCUCCGAGAAAGCCAUGGCGAAGCUGUUGUGGCUGUGCUGCUGGUACUCCCGGCUGCUGCUAUUUUACUACAACUUUCAGGUGCGUGGCGUCUGUGCCAGAUCGCAGGACCAUCCAGGAUUUCAGGUCUUGGCAUCUGCUUCCCAUUACUGGCCACUGGAGAAUGUGGAUGGAAUCCAUGAACUUCAGGACACAACUGGAGGUAGAGAUACAGCGUCCCGAGCCCGCGAGCUCACUGUGCUUCCCUUCCGUAAUUCCACCUUUGUGUAUUCCAAUGACUCUGCCUACUCAAAUCUCUCUGCAACCGUAGAUAUUGUGGAAGGGAAGGUCAACAAAGGCAUUUACCUGAAAGAGGAAAAGGGAGUCACGCUUCUCUAUUACGGCAGGUACAAUAGCUCCUGCAUUAGCAAGCCAGAGCAGUGUGGCCCUGAAGGGGUCACAUUUUCCUUUUUCUGGAAGACACAAGGAGAACAGUCUAGAGCAGUCCCUUCUGCGUAUGGGGGACAGGUCAUCUCGAACGGGUUCAAGGUCUGCUCCAGCGAUGGCAGAGGCUCCGUGGAGCUGUACACGCGGGACAAUUCCAAGACAUGGGAGGCCUCCUUCAGCCCCCCAGGCCCCUAUUGGACUCAUGUCCUGUUUACGUGGAAAUCCCAGGAGGGCCUUAAAGUCUACGUCAACGGGACCCUGAGCACCUCUGACCCGAGUGGAAAAGUGUCUCAUGCCUACGGGGAGUCCAACGUCAACCUCGUGUUAGGGUCUGAGCAGGACCAGGCCAAGUGUUACGAGAACGGCGCUUUCGAUGAGUUCAUCAUCUGGGAGCGGGCCCUGACUCCAGAUGAGAUCGCCAUGUACUUUACUGCUGCCAUUGGAAAGCAUGCUUUGUUGUCUUCAGCGUUGCCAGGCCUCCUCAUGACACCCACAGCAAACCCCAUGACGUCCACAGAUGCCUACCAUCCUAUCAUAACCAACCUGACAGAAGAGAGAAAAAACUUCCAAAGUCCCGGAGUUGUACUGAGCUACCUCCAAAAUUUAUCCCUCAGCUUACCUAGUAAGUCCCUCUCGGAGGAGACGGCCUUGAAUCUCACCAAGGCCUUCUUAAAAGCCGUGGGAGAGGUCCUUCUACUGCCUGGUUGGACUGCUGUUUCAGAGGACCGCACCGUGGUACUGAGUCUCGUCUACACCAUCGACACCGUCAUGGGCCACAUAUCCUCCAACCUGCAUGCCGGCACGUCCCAGGUCACCGUGGAGGGCUCCUCUGCCAUGGCAGAGUUUUCCGUGGCCAAAGUCCUGCCCAAGACCAUGAAUUCCUCCCACUACCGCUUCCCGGCCUGUGGGCAGAACUUCAUCCAGAUUCCCCACGAGGCCUUCCACAGCCAUGCCUGGACCACUGUCGUGGGUCUUCUGUACCACAGCAUGCACUACUACCUGAACAACAUCCGGCCUGCGCACACCAAGAUCGCGGAGGCCAUGCGUCACCAGGACUGCCUGCUGUUUGCCACCAGCCACCUGAUUUCCCUGGAGGUGUCCCCGCUGCCCAUGCUGUCUCAGAACCUGUCGGACUCUCCGCUCAUCACCGUCCACCUCAAGCACAGACUGACGCGUAAGCAGCACAGUGAGGCCACCAACAGCAGCAACCAAGUCUUCGUGUACUGCGCCUUCCUGGACUUCAGCUCCGGAGAAGGGGUCUGGUCGAACCAGGGCUGUGUGCUCACGGGAGGAAACCUCACCUACUCCAUCUGCCACUGCACUCACCUCACCAACUUCGCCAUCCUCAUGCAGGUGGUCCCGCUGGAGCUUGCACGUGGACACCAGGUGGCGCUGUCGUCCAUCAGCUACGUGGGCUGCUCCUUGUCCGUGCUCUGCCUGGUGGCCACGCUGGUCACCUUUGCCGUGCUGUCCUCCGUGAGCACCAUCAGGAACCAGCGCUACCACAUCCACGCCAACCUGUCCUUCGCGGUGCUGGUGGCCCAGGUCCUGCUGCUCAUCAGCUUCCAGCUCGAGCCGGGCACAACUCCCUGCCGGGUGAUGGCGGUGCUUCUGCACUACUUCUUCCUGAGUGCCUUCGCAUGGAUGCUGGUGGAGGGGCUGCAUCUCUACAGCAUGGUGAUCAAGGUCUUCGGGUCGGAGGACAGCAAGCACCGUUACUACUAUGGGAUGGGAUGGGGUUCCCCUCUUCUCAUCUGCAUCAUUUCACUGUCAUUUGCCAUGGACAGUUACGGGACAAGCAACAAUUGCUGGCUGUCGCUGGGGAGUGGCGCCAUCUGGGCCUUUGUAGCCCCUGCCCUGUUUGUCAUCGUGGUCAACAUCGGCAUCCUCAUCGCGGUGACCAGGGUCAUCUCGCAGAUCAGCGCCGACAACUACAAGAUCCAUGGAGACCCCAGUGCCUUCAAGUUGACGGCCAAGGCAGUGGCCGUGCUGCUGCCCAUCCUGGGCACCUCGUGGGUCUUUGGGGUGCUUGCUGUCAAUGGCUGCGCCGUGGUUUUCCAGUACAUGUUUGCCACACUCAACUCCCUGCAGGGACUGUUCAUCUUCCUCUUUCAUUGUCUCCUGAAUUCAGAGGUGAGAGCCGCCUUCAAGCACAAAACCAAGGUCUGGUCCCUCACGAGCAGCUGCACCCGCACCGCCACUGCGAAGCCCUUCCACUCGGACAUCAUGAAUGGGACCCGGCCAGGCACCGCCUCCACCAAGCUCAGCCCUUGGGACAAGAGCAGCCACUCUGCUCACCGCGUGGACCUGUCAGCCGUGUGAGCCGGGAGGCUGCCCAUCAAGCCGGCCUGCACUCAGAGCACACCCCUCAAUGGAAUGAGACAGCCUGCCUGUGCCUGUGGGACCCUCUCCUUGCCGCUGUCUGGACAUGGGUGUUGCGGUCUGAGACAGCCGUCUUCCUCUGUGACUCUGGCUGUCAGAGCUCCCUGCUCAGCCCAGCAGCCUGAUGCCCAGGCCAGCGUGGGUCCUCCUGCCUCAUGUCUGAGUGACUCGUUCGUGUCUGGGGACUCCCAGGACACCGUGGUCUGGCUGCAAAGCUGCCCUCAAGCCUCCUUCAUCACUGAGCACCAGGCCCAGCAAGGCCAGGACACUCGGGGCCCCACAGCACGGGAGGGGGUGUUCAGCCUCUGUACCUUGGUGGGACUUGGGGGCUCAGGGCCAAAGAGGUGGUUCAGGUUCCCACGCACCCCCAGAAAGUCAGGCAGAGGCAGCUGGGGGCACGUGGGGAAAAGCGUGUGAAGUCCCCAGUCUCUGAAUUCACCAAGCGGCGAGCUCCCCGCAGCUGGUGCCAGCCAUGGUGCAUGACUCCAUAGGUGGUGCUGGCGUGUGUCAGCCUGCGCUGUGGGAUCAGUUUGGGGCUCCUGCCCCAGACGAGCUCGAACCCUGGGCAGGGGUUGCUGACUGUCCAGGUGAGGGUGACCCCUUUGUCCACGUGAAGAGCCGCUCUGGGCCUUGAGGCCUCCUGAUGGUGCCAGUGCUUGGGGGAGCUUCUCGGCCGUCCUCUGUGAAUUUUGCCUCUUUGGACCCCAGUUCAGCCUUAGGAUGCCCUCCUUCCUCAUGGGCAAGCCUCCGUGCUGCUUGUCAGGCCACAGGAGCCCCGCAUCCAGGCAGUGCCCGGUGUCCAGGUGGAAAAUGGAAGGCACUUUCCAAGGCACCACCUUCGCUGGACAGUCUUGCUCAUCACUCACGGGCACUCUGCCGAGUUUCUAACAAGAAGACCACCCGGUAGGUGGCACCGUGUGCUGCCUCUGGUCACCGUGAGGCCGACCCGCGCUGAGUGCCUACUGACCUGGAGAGGCGGGAAUGGCGCCAGCGUGUCUCCUGUUUGAGGGGAACGUGUGGCCUCAGACGCAGCCCGGAGGAGAUGGGACCAUCCUUCCGGACCCGUGUGUGGGCAUGAUCCUGUGGAGCACAGGUUUGGGGUCACAGAUGUGAAUUAAGACACCACUGAGAUACAGGCUACGAGGCUCACCCUGUGCCAGCAGCACUCGUGGCGUCUGUGAAAUGUGGGUGAGACAUUCAAACCUGGUUUAGAUACUGGAAAGUCUUCCUUUAAAACUGUGACCAUGAUUUCAUUCAGCCCCUCUGCACCCCCACGUCUGCCUUGUUUCAGAGUGAGUUUUCUGUGGAGCUCUGUGGCCCUUUCCCAUCCCUCUUGGUGGCUUCUUAAUGUAACUCUCCCCUAAUCACCUGGAGCGGACCAGCCAUCCGCAGGACUCCCCUGCAGGGAAGGGCAGCAGGGAGCAGCGUGUCUGCUUUUAUCAGGCCGGGGCUGCAGCAGCCAGCUGACACAUGGUGACGAUGCCACGGGCCCCUGCAACCAUGCUGUGGCGGGCACACCGGCUGCUGCAGGCCGAGGCCGCUGCUCAGUGACGGGUCCGUGUUUAGCCAUUGCCCAGGCUCCCCUGCACCCCCAGAAACCAGGUGCCAGACCCCCAUCACGCCUGUGAGCACCGAGAAGUGAGAACACUGUACUUGUACCAUUUACACUUGGGUCUCUUUCCUUAUUCAGUUUCUAGUGAAGCAAAUCAAGGAAUUCUCUUUACUUUAGAUGGAAUUAUUUGUUUUUUAACUGUUACCAUAUUCAUCUAUAUAGCUAAUAUUUCAAGAGAUGUAAUGAACAAAGCCUGUCUAAACCUUUUAAUUCCAAUGAUAGAACAUCAUGCACUUUAUUUAUAGGCUGUAUGUUUUGGCUUCUGCAGUCCCUUUAUUAUCUACAUAUAAUUUGGCCAAAAAUAAGAAAUUGGGAAGAAUUACACGCUUAAAGUAGUUUAUAGUAGAAGAAAGAUGAUGAAUGACAUUAAGUUGUGAAAAUACAUUGUGAUUUUUAUGAAAUUAAAUCUCCAAGUUCUUCAAAG